AUCAGACGAAAUCCGUUUCAUAUAGUAAAUGGUAGACAGAAAGCCAAAACAUCUUUGAGGAAUGACAGAAUUUAAUAAUUGUGUGAUCAACACAACUAACAGCCAAGGGAAGAGUUGUUUUGAAGCAUUUAAUACGAACUUUCUGAAAUAUCUGAAAGCUUAUGAAUGCAGAAGAUAAAGGUUUAAGAAAGGACUAGUUUUGGACAAAAACUUUAUCAAAAAUAUUUUCAUCAAUUUCCGGUGAUACUUAAGCAUGAGUAAUUGUCAUAUAGCCCUCUUGGAGGCAGUUCACAUGGGUGACAGCAGUCGUGUUGUGAACUUACUACAUGAAGGAUGUGAACAAGCAGUGAUUGAUUCAGCACUUUGUUGGGCAAGUCGAUAUGGAAAUAUAGAAAUCUUGAGGCACCUGCUGAGGACAGGAGGGGACCCCAAUGCCAGGGUGUGGGGAGGGUUCACUCCUCUACUAUGGGCUGUAAUGUACUCCUCAAAUGCAGAUGUAAUUCAAAUUCUCCUGCAGGCAGAGAGUAAUGUUGACCACUCCUCAUCCAGAUAUCGUCAGACUGCACUACAUGCUGCAGUAAUAAGAGGAAAUGAGAAGUUUGCUAGCUUGCUCUUGGAAGCUGGGGCUAAUCCUGAUGUUCAAGACAGAAUGUUCAAGACCCCCCUUCUCCACGCCGUCCAAAAGUAUCAACCAUCUUGUGUAGCACUGCUUAUAAAAUAUAAUUGUAAUGUAGACUUAUCAGGCUGGGUAACAGGUCUUAGUACUACACCACUGACUCUUGCGCUGAUACAAGGAGAUUUAGAGAUAACAAAAAUGCUGUUACUGGCAGGGGCCAAAUUCAACAACCCAGCUGUUUAUCACUCGUACACUAUUGCACAGUACUACAAGACUGUGGAGGACAACCUUGAUAUAGAGGUCCGACCUGUGUAUCUACAACAGCAGUGCCGUGUCUGUAUAAGACAACUCCUCAAACCACACUUCCUGCAGAAACUAAGGGAGCUUACUCUUCCUCGUCCAUUAAAAGGCUUCUUAGAAAUAUCAGAACUUGACAGUGUUAACGAAUCCAUGGCUUAAUCCUUCAUGUUUGUUUCAAAUAAUGCAUUCAUUAUGAAACUAUGAAAUGAUUUACAUGUUAAUUGUCAACAUUACUUACAAUUUAAAGAAAGUUUAAAGAGACUCAAUUUUGUUGUAGUAUAGUGGCCACAUUGAAGUUACUGUAGCAAUUAACCACAUGUAUAUGAUAAAAAAUACAGACAAACUUCAUGGAUAUACAAAUUAUUAUCAUUUUCACUGUAAAUCAGAAUUUAAAGUUAUCUGCAUAAUAUGUCAUGCAAUAAAAUUAUAUUGCAAUGUAUUUUAAAGGUCAACCGUGUCACUCAGGAGAUUUA